AGUUCGCGCCGUAUAUACAUUCCCUUUGAACACUGCCAAUGGCAUUCAAUUGCUUAUGUGGAGCAGAGUGGAGCAACCGGUGUUUUUCCAAAAAUAUUGUUCUUUUCGCUUAAAAACAGUUCAUAUUCAAAUUAAUUAAUCAGUUUCAUUAAUUAUACAGACCAAGCAAGAUGAUUAAGAACGCUGUAUCUCUAGUGACCGGUGGUGCUUCCGGUUUGGGUCGUGCAACCGUGGAAAGGCUUGCACGCCAAGGAGCGCGUGUAGUUUUAGCCGAUUUAAGCAGCUCUAAAGGCAGCGAAGUUGCACGAGAAAUUGGCGAUAAUGUUAUCUUUGUCCCUGUUGAUGUGACAUCAGAAAAGGAUGUACAGACAGCUGUACAGACUGCUAAGGAGAAAUUUGGACGUCUCGAUUUGGCUGUAAACUGUGCAGGCACCGCCACAGCUGUUAAAACAUAUAACUUUAAUAAGGAUGUUGCACACCGUUUGGAAGACUUUACACGCGUCAUUACAGUCAACACUAUUGGUACAUUCAAUGUGAUUCGUUUGUCGGCCGGUGUAAUGGGUAUCAAUGAGCCAAAUAAAGAUGGUCAACGUGGUGUUAUCGUUAACACAGCCUCUGUAGCUGCAUUUGAUGGGCAAAUUGGUCAAGCUGCUUAUUCAGCUUCAAAGGCGGCCGUGGUCGGCAUGACUCUACCAAUUGCACGUGAUCUUAGUACACAAGGUAUACGUGUGUGCACCAUUGCGCCUGGUCUCUUCAAUACGCCAAUGUUGCAGGCUCUGCCAGAGAAAGUACGCACUUUCUUGGCCAAAUCUAUACCUUUCCCUCAACGUUUGGGUGAACCAUCAGAAUAUGCUCAUUUAGUACAGGCAAUCUACGAAAAUCCUUUGAUGAAUGGUGAAACCAUACGCAUUGACGGUGCUCUUCGUAUGCAACCUUAAAUUAUUUUACGGCGUCAAUAUCUGCGGCGACUGCGCCUGAAUACUUUGUUGCAUUUAAUAGAUUUUUGUCUAACUCUAGGUAUUAAAAUGCUUAUCACUGAAAAAUUAUUAGUAUAUACAUACAUAUGUGUAAUAAUCAUUAUAUUUAAUGUUAAAAGAAAAGUGAAAUAAAUAUUUUUUCUAUACUCUCUUUAUAAACA